GCACUUUAUGCUAUGUCUAUAUUCCUAUGGCUAUAUCGUAUGCAGUUCGCCCUCUUGGUCUCCAUCGCCUCCAUGGGGGUAUCAUUCCAGAGCAUUUCAAUUUGAUGUGUUUUAAUCUGAUUAAACAAAACAAGCCAAGCAGUGAAUAUAAUGCCUGCAAUUCGCCCAGCAAAGAAAUGGAAAGAACAUAACCGCGUUCGUAAGGAACUAAAGAAAAAGUGGAAAGAGGAGAGGUUAAUAAAAAAAGAGAAAAAAGAUGCCGCGGAAAAGCUUACAACUAAUGAAAAUGCAGUGCAAUUACAUAUGACCAAGAUUCAGCCUUCCACGGUUAGCAUCGCGGUACCUGGUUCCAUUUUGGACAAUGCUCAGUCACCAGAGUUGAGAACAUACCUGGCAGGCCAAAUUGCCCGUGCUGCUUGCAUUUAUAAAGUUGAUGAGGUUGUGGUGUUCGACGAUAAAGGGGAGAUUACGGAAGCAGAAAGAAAGAACGUGAGGAAAGACGAUACAUUGGGGGAAGGACGGCUUGGCUGCUUACAUUUAGCUAGGAUAUUGCAGUACCUAGAGUGUCCACAGUAUCUACGAAAGUAUUUCUUCCCUAUUCAUAAAGAUUUGCAGUAUGCAGGGGUAUUAAAUCCUUUGGAUGCACCGCACCAUGCGCGACAACAGGAUAAUGUUUUAUUUCGGGAAGGAGUGGUAACGAAUAAACCAGUAAAGCUUGGAAAAGGAUCUCAAGUCAAUGUAGGCUUGCUUAACGAAGUCCACAUUGAUAAGGUAUUGACACCUGGCCUGAGAGUAACUAUUAAAAUUCCAUUGGGACAAGAAAAUCCUAAGAAAUUAAAAGGAACCGUAGUACCACCAAAUAUGCCAAGAACAGAAAUGGGAAUAUAUUGGGGAUAUUCGGUCAGACUGGCCAGCAAUCUUACGAACGUAUUUACAAAAUGCCCUUACUCGCAAGGAUAUGAUUUGACAAUUGGUACAUCUGACAAAGGCACAUCGAUCGAUGACGUACCAUCUAGUAGCUUAAAAUAUAAUCAUGCGUUAAUAAUUUUUGGUGGAUUAGCUGGUUUAGAAGCAGCAGUAGAUGUUGAUCCACAUUUAAAUGUUGAUGAUACAUCUUUAGUGUUUGAUGAAUAUUUAAACACUUGUCCUUUGCAAGGAUCGAGAACUAUAAGAACAGAGGAAGCUGUCUUAAUGUCAUUAGCUGGAUUAAGAACUAAGUUACUACCGGAACAUCCUCCAUUACCCUGCGUACAAUUCAGUUGUACCGAAAAAUCAGUGGAGGAGGCAAGCAAAAUGAUAAAAUCUGUAAGUAAAACAUUUGAUCAUGAAGAAAUAAAAAGUUUCAAUGAUGUGUCCGAAUAAGCAUAUAUGAAUACUGAAAUAAAAUGAGAUGUAAUUUACGCAGAUAAA